UCGGUGUCUAUAACACAACAAAUACAGUACAAAUAGCUAACUUGGAAUAUCAUAGCUGUUUUGUAAGGCAACGCUAUUGGCAACAUGACCGGAAUUGUGUACGACCACGGUGCCUUCAUCGGCCACAAAUGUCUUUGGGACGAAAACUAUUCGGAGAACCCACUUCGGUACACAUCAAUCGUAGACCGAUGCAAUUCGCUGGGACUGAUAGAGAGAUGUGUGAGGAUAGAAACGCGUCCGGCGACAAGGGAAGAAUUGCUGUGCGUACACACGGCCAAACACAUAGACCGACUUAAAGAAACCGAAAACUACAGCGAACAAGAUUUAGAACAACUCUCGUCCGAGUACGAUUCAAUUUAUCUACACCAGUCGACCUACAGACAAUCGCUUAUGGCGGCAGGCAGUUCAAUCGAAUUGGUCAAAUCGGUGGUGGAAGGAAAAGUGCAGAACGGGAUGGCCAUAGUGCGACCUCCCGGUCACCACGCCAUGCAAUCCGAAUAUUGCGGCUAUUGUUUUUUCAACAACGUGGCGGUGGCCGCCCAGUAUGUGCUGGACAAAACGCCUAUCCAGAAAAUCCUCAUAGUCGACUGGGAUGUUCACCACGGCCAAGGUACACAACAGAAGUUCUACAACGAUCACAGAGUGAUGUACUUUUCCAUUCACCGAUACGAACGCGGACAAUUCUGGCCCAACCUAAGAGAGAGCGAUAGCGAUCACACGGGUGCCGGAAACGGCAGAGGAUAUAACAUCAACGUGCCUCUGAACCGAAUAGGAAUGGCAAACGAAGAUUACAUGGCCGUCGUACACUACCUGCUCAUGCCCGUAGCCUACGAGUUUGCUCCCGAAUUGGUAAUAGUUUCCAGCGGUUACGAUUCGGCCAUCGGAGAUCCCAAAGGACAAAUGUCGGUAACGCCCGUGUGUUACGCUCACAUGAUGGAAAACCUGAAGGCACUUGCUGGUGGAAAAGUCGUCGCUAUACUAGAGGGAGGAUAUUAUUACAAAAGUCUGGCAGAAAGCGCAGCUUUGACGUUAAGAGCUCUGUUGGGAGAUGCUUGUCCCGUUUUGAAGUUGACACGGAGUCCGUGUAAAAGCGUCAUGGAGACUAUAGGCGACGCGGUGUACGCUCAUCGAGCCCAUUGGAAGUGUUUCGACCAAAGCCCUUUCACGGAUCGUGGCAGAAGUUCGGUCGACUUACGUUAUACUUACAAAGAAGUCAAACCCGACUUGUUUGCCACCAGAAAUAUGUACCCGCCAAUCGACACCGCGCUUUUCGAUAGAGUCCUAACGAAUUUGAUCGAGGAAACCAGACUUUGUGCACCGUCAACGCGGUUGGCCGUGUGUGUUUCGGUGGAAAAUCAAAAUCGGACAAGCGCAAACCGUACUUACAGUUGUCUGACAAAGCAGGUGGCCGACUGCUACGUUAUAGAAAAUGCGAAUUUGGCUUCGAACGAAGAGCUCGAUGCGAUCAAAGAAACCGACGACCGACUAGAAACAUUGGAAAAUUACCGAGGCGUUAUCGGUGGUCUGUUUAAAACUUUAGACACAAUGUACCAGUGCGAUGUGAGGUCGGCGAUAUUCGUUCCAAUACAUACGGACACAAGUUUACCGAUAAGUAUAUCGGCCAUCGGUGCCAAAUGGGUCGGUAAAAAAUACAAUACAAAAAGAAUUAUGAUUGUCGAAUGGAACGAUAACCAAUUUCGGAGGACUCGUAACGAUUCGAACGCACCGUUACACGUUACCGUGCACAAGUCGUCGAGUGCAAACUCUAUUUCCAUAAGCAAACACGAUGUGAAAAUCGGAUGGCCGAAAGAAAUAAUCAACGAAACGGAACUGACCGCUUUAGUGCACUACGUAAUAUUACCGAUUGCGUACGAAUACAAUCCUGAACUAGUCAUAAUGGCAGUGAAUUUCGGUUCAAACGAAUCAGAUAUAAAUAUCACUCCGGUCAUGUACAGUCAUCUAGUCAACUGGUUCAGCGUGUUAGCCGACGGGCGACUCGUCCUGUUGGAAUACGUUGGCGGACAAUUGAAUUCAAAUUCAAGAAUGGAAUGCUUGAUGAAAUGCGCCAAAGCCUUGGACGGUAAACCACUAGACAAAUUGUGUACCGACAGACCUCUCGGUCGGAAAGCCGUAGAAAUUAUCAAGUUUCUAUUAAACAAUGGUAAAGAAAACUGGAAAUGUAUUAUGCACAAUUAACAAAAUCAAAAUGUAAAGCUUAAUAAAAUGUUUUUAAGUAUAUUAAAAAA